AUAGGCAAGGACUGUCCAAUCAAAUUAAUAUUAUCCACAAAUAAAUAGUUACUAUAAUAACUGAUAAUAAGUAAAUCGAAAAUAAAAUAAAACUUAUUACUUUUCCUUUCGAAAGAACAGGCAAUCCAACACACAGCUAUUGAUUGUUUUGCGUCAAAGAUAACCUAGAAUCUCAACAAGAUCAUCUCAACACUCAAAACAAAAUACUCAAAGUAAACUAUGUGAUUUCCUACAGAUUCUAAAACAAUGGCCAAGCAACGGAAAAAGAAAUGUUUAAGUUACACCUACUGGAGCUUCGCUUUUCUACGUUUUGUACUCACAUUGCUGCCACAAACUGGCUACAUUCAUCCAGAUGAAUUCUUCCAAAGUGUUGAAGUAUUAGCUGGCAAAACAUUCAACUAUGAAGCAAGUUUACCAUGGGAAUUCAAUGUGACUUCACCAAUCCGAAGCAUAGGAGUCCCUUAUUUCACAGUUGGCUUCAGUUAUCAACUGCUAAAGAUAGCAGAUAUGUUCUGCUCAAAACUAUUGAACACAUCACUGCUUACAUCAUAUGCCUUACUAGUCACUCCGAGAAUAUUCAUCUGCCUGCUGUCAUAUGUGGUUGACUAUACAAUCUAUAAAAUCUGCACACAGAAUAACGAAAAAGCCAAUGGGCGCUUGGUAAUCCUCGCGUCGUCGUACGCAACUCUAGUCUACUGCACGCGGACAUUCAGCAAUACCCUGGAGGUGAUCCUCUUUGCUGUUCUGCUAUACUACGUGGCUGACAGUAUGAUCUUCUCGAAUAUUCUCUGCAGACAAAGGGAGUAUUUAAAUAAACGGUAUGAGCGUACAGAUAAUCCAGCGGAUCGUGCGAAAUUCCACAAGUUGCGAUUAUUCCUAGCAUCGGAUUCCUAUCGCCAUUGUGCGCAGAUUGCGACGGUGACGACGCUGGGAUUUUUCAAUCGGCCGACGUUCCUGGCCUACGCGAUGUUUCCGGUGUUUUUCUGGUUGUACCGAGGGAUCGGAUACAAAUCUGUCAGCACGCUGCAGUUCAACACGCGGAUACUGGCGUUGAUUCUAUGCGCUAUACCUACACUGAUCUUCAUGAUCAUCGUGGAUUCUUUCUUCUACGGGUACAUCACGUGGGGUGAAGUGGGGAUGUUGGACGUGUCGAUUGAUAGCUUCGUGUUUACGCCGCUGAACUUUAUCAAGUAUAAUAUUGAUAGCGGGAACUUGGCGAAACACGGAUUACAUCCGAGAUAUCUGCAUAUCUUGGUGAAUGUGCCGUUGUUGUUUGGCACAUUGGGACUGUUUGCUAUUAUUGGCGCUGUGGAUAUCACAACAAAGUUUUUACAACGGAAAUUCAAUCUUUUACCAACCGUACGCAGUAUUAAAGGACUAAUGACAAUGUCCUAUAUUGCUCCGACUCUCUUCCUCUCGAUAUUUCCACAUCAAGAGCCCCGCUUCCUGUUACCAAUCGUUAUUCCUCUUGUUUACCUCUUUGCUAAUAAAAUCAAAGAAGAAGCCCAGACUGAACUCGUCCAAUCAGAAGGCUCGAAACAAUCAACUGGCAACACAGCCACGAAUACUAAGUCAACUUCCUCUUCCCUUUUCCGGUUAUGGAUCGUCAUUAAUAUCCUGUUGACAGCGUUCUACGGGUUCGUGCAUCAGGGUGGGCUGCUCAAAGCCACCUCACAUCUGUCCAAAGAAAUGCAUCGUCUACCGACUUACCACUAUCACGUCGUCACUAGUCACGUGUACAGCAUUCCGCAUGUCCUGUUCAAGUUACCCGAUCCCAACACAUUGCGUAUUCGCGGCAGUACAAAGUACAAGCCUGGUAAACGCGUCUUCACUUACGAAGAAGGAUCCUAUCCAUUGGUGAGGCUCGUUGAGCGCAUGCGUAGUCUGCUUGAUACGGCUGCAGACAACAAGGUCCGACAUCGAAUGUUCCUCUUGCUCACCGGCAGCAAACACGACGAAUUGAUGAAGGAGGUGUUAAAUGACGAUUUGAACAUCCGCCAUCUUUACAGCUUCUAUCCGCAUGUGAGCACCGAAGCAAUGCCGGACGUGUCCGAGCUGAUACGACUCGUCAGCGUGGCGGAUGUCAAGUCACUGAGCGUGUCGGCCAUCUUGGACUGCCUGAAGAAAUUCAUCACAUCUUUUGAUCUUAAGCUUUACGAAGUACAAUUAUAAGUUAUUUACACACCCAGCACUCGGAUAUCACAAUGUCGCGUCAUUUACAGAUUAAUCGGUGAUUUUUAUUUUUACAAAAUAGCAAAUAGAAGAAAAGUGUUGAAACUUGAAACAAAUGCGACGCGUCGUUUUUAUAAAAAGUACAAAAAUAAAAAUACGAAGUCAGUA